AUGUUCCGAUUAUUGCUAACCGCGAUGGUGUCUGUGCUUGUUGAAAGUGAAUCCGCGAAAAUUUUGGGUGUAUUUCCGAUGCCUUCCAUAAGUCACCAAGUGGUGUUUCGUCCUCUCAUGCAAGAGCUCGCUAAACGUGGACAUGAAGUUACGGUUAUAACUACAGAUCCAGCAUUUCCAAAGGGCCAAGCUCCAGAAAACCUAACGGAAAUCGACUUACAUGAUUUUUCUUACGAAUAUUGGAAUGAUUUCUUAGCUGUACACGGAAAAGAACCAGAUCAAAUCGUAUUAAUAAAACGGAUAUCCCAUGCACUUGUGAAUAUUCUUGAAAAACAAUUGAAAUCUAAUGAGGUUCAAAAGUUUAUUCAAAACAAUAAAAAUAUUGAUUUAUUGUUUGUCGAAUCGGGUAUACAACCGGCUCUUAUAUUUUCUGAUAUAUAUAAAGUACCAGUUAUUGAGUUUAGUUCCUUGGGCGGUUUGUCCUCAACGUUUGCAAUGAUAGGAGCUACCACACACCCUUUAAUUUACCCCGAUUUGAUGCGAAGAAGAAUUUAUAAUUUGACGUUAUGGGAGAAGAUAGAAAAUUUGUAUACUCAUUAUUCAAUGGAGAGGCUUUUGGAACAGUACACAUCGAAUAGUAAAUUGUUAAAGACAGUAUUCGGACCAGAUGUACCUUCUAUGAGAGUCUUAAGAAAAAACGUUCACAUGAUAUUUUUAAAUGUACAUCCAAUUUGGGAUUUCAAUCGACCAGUUCCACCAAAUGUGAUUUACUUAGGAGGUUUGCAUCAGAAACCUGUACGUGAUCUACCUGAGGACCUGAAAACCUAUUUAGAUUCUUCGAAGCAUGGAGUCAUAUACAUAAGUUUUGGGACAAAUGUUAAACCAUCUUUUUUACCUCGGGAUAAGUUGAAAAUAUUUACCGAUGUCUUUUCUCAACUUCCAUACGAUGUUUUAUGGAAAUGGGACAAUGAAGAACUUCCAGGACGUCCAAGUAAUGUUAAAAUAUUGAAGUGGCUGCCGCAGUCUGACUUACUGCGACAUCCAAACAUAAAGCUAUUUAUAACACAAGGAGGUUUACAGUCGACCGACGAAGCAAUAACUGCAGCAGUUCCUCUUGUUGGUAUACCGAUGCUUGGAGACCAAUGGUUCAAUGUAGAGCAUUACGUCAGGUUCAAAAUUGGAAAAAAAUUACUAUUAGAUAAUCUAACAGAAGAUCAAUUAUUAAACGCUAUUAAAUCUGUUAUCGAAGAGAAAUGCUAUCGUCAAAAUAUUAUAAAGUUACGUAACAUAAUGCAAGAUCAACCACAGAAACCGCUUGAUCGUGCCGUAUGGUGGACAGAGCAUAUAUUGAGGCGUGGUGGAGGGGAGCAUCUACGUACACCUGCAGCGCAUAUGCACUGGACCGAAUAUUACGAAGUCGAUUUACUAAUAGUGUUGUUAGGUACUGUUUUAUUAGUUGUACCGGUUACAAUAUUAGUAUAUAGUAUAUACAAGUAUAUAUAUUUUUAG